AUGGCGACCUCAUCCAACGCGAUGGAUUUUGCCGUUGAGGUGAUGCAGGGCUUGGAGACGGAGGAGGUUGAGGCUGUCACGGAGACGAUCAAGGCUGUGACGCUGGAAGGCGGCAGUGAAGAAGCCGCGGCUGUGGAGGCCAACCCGCUUCUGAGGAUGAUGGAGGAGAAGGGAGGGCCUGAUCACAUCGCGUGUGGGUCAUGCGGGAAGUUCAGUAGCCACAGGCGCAUGAUCCGUUCUGGGCUGAUUUGUUCAGAGAGCAUGGUUGAUGGCGAGGUCUUCAAGAAGUUCCUCAAGAUCUGUUGCCGGUGCUGGCAGCAAGAGAAGAAGCUGGCAACUGGAACAUGUGAGUUGGAGGAGGCCUGCAAGGAUGUUCUGGAGUUCAACUCAAAGAUGCAGACUGAGCGGUCGGACUGCUACAAGAGAGCCAAGGAGGCGGCGGCCAAGAGCGAGGGCAGUGUGCGGGAACGGAGGAAAUUGCUGAAGGAGUACUGCCAGAGCUUCAUCCAAGCGAUCGUUGCCGCCGACCUGUUUGGCGCGCUGGCAAGCGCAGCUGCCAGGUAUGAGAAAAUCCUUGAGCACCGCAAGAGUUUGGAAGCCAGCCUCAUGGCACUUGAUCCCAACCUGAUGGCAGAGGCCAAGGAACUUUCCCAGAUGAAGGAUUGGUCUUUGAUCUACAGUGUGGACCAAGUUGCGCAGGUCCGCAUGGCAGAUGACCGGUUUGUCAAGCAGGUGAAGCUUGUUGAUGAGAAGAUCAUGGAGCAUGACCUUUUGUAUGAGAACGAGGCCCAGGAGACAGCAUUUGGAGGUGACCGGGGAACGCAAAAGGUGAUGGAGUAUGAGGACAGGAUUGGUGUCACCAAGCAGGGAGAGCCAGUCAUGAUGUUGUUCUUCAUGUGUCCUGGCUGUGGCAUCUAUAUGGGCAGUAAGAUGUGGAAGGUGUUCGGGGAGAACCUCACCUCCGGUCAGCGCUGGUAUUGCGGCAUCAACUGGGCAGAGUUCAAUCGGCAGCAUCCAAAGAUGUUUGCGGACCUGCUGACAAGGCAUGGGAGCCAACAGAGAUUGGAGGAGGCGGUUGGGCAUCACUUCUGUGGCCGCAGGUACCGACCUUUUGCUCAUGGAGCAGCUGCGAUCCUUGAAUGGAAAGGCUCAGACGGAAAAUGGUUUUGCAUUCGGGCCGAUCUUCCCCCUGAGCCGUUGAUGAUUGAGAUCCAGAAGGUCCAGGAGGCUUUCACAACGGCUUGGCAAGAAUUGUCUUACCAGGAGUUGUACGACAGCAUUCCUCACACGCAGCCGAAGACCAACAUUCUGCCUCUUUACCAAGUGCCCGGCAUUGGCAAGUAUGAUUUGGAGGCUCAUCGCAAGGCAGCUUCUCCAGUGAUGGAUCAACAGAAGUGGUGCCAAUUGUGCAUUGCGGUGGCUGAGCACAAGCCGGAGCUCUUUAAGGACUUGUUCUUGGUGGCAAAGAACUACAAAGCUCCAGUGUGA